UAACCCUGGGGUAAGAUGACCACUUUUGAAGUAUUAUAUAUUUAAUGUAAUAUUUUAUAGCCUGGUGUGUGUAGUCAUGGUUUAAGAUGAAAGCAUUGGAAAUAAAAGGAAAUUUCAGACUUCAUACUGACAUUACAUAUUUUAUAUGUCAGGGAUUCCUGUCCUUUGUAGAAAACUCAUCUUCAGGACAGUUUAUGUCAUGGCCAAGUUUAUUACCACAGUAAUAUAGUUUAUGCGUAGCUUGUUAAAUUAUUGUUACACACUUAACAUACAGGUGUCUUUCAGAUUGCAAAAGAUAGUAGUCUUUUUCUGAUUUUCAUUUCAGAAAAUGUAUGCAUAUCCCUCUUUUCAACGCCAAUCGGCAACAUCAAGCCGACUCCUCAUGGCGCCUUCGGCGGAGGCGAAGCGCCUUGAAAAUUUGGAGUCUGGAAGGGCCAAACCUAAGGAGGAGGUGCUGUCAGAGGCCAGUACUUUUGACAGCACGAACGGUGGAGACCCCAGUGACCAGUUUUUAGUACUGGCUCACUGCAAACUUCAAUUUGGGAAGUACCAGGGCCAGAGAUUUAGAUGGCUCCUGGAAAACUCUCUGGGGUAUGCCGUGUAUUUGGUGCUCAGCAUUUCCACUGAGACAGCGCAGACAACACCCCUGUCACAAAAUAAACAACUGUUCCUACAGUACACUUCUCAAAUUAGAGAGAUGGCAGAAGAAGUGGAAAAGUAUCAGAGGAAGCAGGAAAUGCAGGCAGAAGCCCGGGCAACUGGAGACCAGGGCUGCUUGAUGGUGGAGUUUGGUGACUUCCAGGGCCGCUCCAUGAAAGAUGUUUAUGAGGACCAGAGCAAGGAGGCUCAAGCCCUCAUCAGGUACCUCAUUAAGGCAGAUGCCAGGCCCAAAACCAACAUGGCCAUUUUCAAGACAUAUGUCCUGAAAAGACGGGCUUCUGCUGUGGUCACCAGCGUACGUCAGCCUGCACCUCACGCUGCAACCUCCAGUGCUUCUGCAACCACUGCACCUCCACCUGCACCUAUCCAAACUGGUGUACAGAAGACCGCAACUGUGAAAGCGCUGUUGGCGCGUGGCAAAAAUUUGUCUCCUUCACAGCUGGCGAAAAAACUCACGUCACCAGUUAAACCCUAUCCAUUAUUGCAGUCCACUUUACCUCCUCCAGCAGCAGAACCCCCAGCCAAACAUUUGACCCCGAUACAGCUUUUCGCUACUGGUAAGUAA